AUGGGGAGAAAGCAGAAUGAAAACGAGGCUUACGGGAAUUCGGCCAAAUAUGACCCCUCCUUUCGAGGCCCCAUCAAAAACAGGGGCUGCACAGAUAUCAUCUGCUGUGUUCUCUUCCUGAUCUUCAUUUUGGGUUACAUCAUAGUGGGGCUUGUGGCCUGGGUGUAUGGAGACCCUCGACAAGUGCUGUACCCCAGAAACUCCACGGGGGCCUACUGUGGCGUGGGCGACAACAAGGAUAAACCGUACGUUCUGUAUUUCAACAUCUUAAGCUGUGCAGCGGCCCUCAACGUCAUCUCCAUCGCUGAGAAUGGCCUACAGUGCCCCACACCCCAGGUGUGCGUCUCUUCCUGCCCACAGGCCCAAUGGGCAGUGGGGCCGCUGCAGUUCUCAAAGACAGUCCGUGACGUUUAUAAAGAAAACAGAAAAUUUUGUCUUCCAACGGUGUCCCCAGAUAUGAUAGUGAGUGACAGCCUGCAGAAGGAACUCUGUCCCAGUUUCCUUCUUCCUUCUAAACCAGCUCUGGGACGCUGUUUUCCACUCCCGGACACCAACUUCACUUUACCUGAACACUUACAGAUCAAUAACACCACCAUCUCUAAUGGAAUCAGUGGCCUCCUGGACAGCAUUAAUGCCCGGGACGUCUCUGUGAAGAUCUUUGAAGAUUUUGCCCAGUCCUGGUACUGGAUUCUCGUGGCGCUGGCCGUGGCCCUGGUGCUAAGUCUGCUGUUCAUCCUGCUCCUGCGCCUGGUGGCGGCACCCCUGGUGCUGCUGCUGAUUGUGGGGGUGCUGGCUGUGCUCGCUUAUGGCAUCUACCACUGUUGGGAACAGUACCGAGUGCUGCGGGAUGAGGGAGCCUCCAUCACCCAGGUGGGCUUCACCACGAACUUCAGUGCCUACCAGAGUGUGAAGGAGACCUGGCUGGCUGCUCUGAUUGUCCUGGCUGUCCUGGAGGGUGUCUUGCUUCUCAUGCUCAUCUUCCUGCGUCAGCGGAUCCGGAUCGCCAUCGCUCUGCUGAAGGAAGCCAGCAGGGCUGUGGGGCAGAUGAUGUCGACUAUGUUCUACCCUCUGGUCACCUUCGUCCUCCUGGUCAUUUGCAUUGGUUACUGGGCCGUGACAGCUUUGUACCUGGCCACAUCUGGGCAACCGCAGUACAUCUACUGGGUGUCCAACACCAGUACACCGGGCUGUGAGAACGCUCCUGUGAACGCGUCCUGUGACCCCAUGUUCAGUAGUCGAGUAACCCACUUUGUAGAAAGUGAGGUGGAGACCGGAAACCCGAG